AGGGGUCUCAUACAAUUAUCACUACAAUUCGUGGGAGCUCCAUGCGGUGGAAGUCGCCCCGACCUCUUAUCCCUAAAUCACAACCCGAAAAUAGACAACGACAGGCUCUCGGCGCAUCUAACGAAUGCCGCGCACAUGCUGGGCCUUGUGUCGGUGCUUGUUGCUGCCGUGACAUUUGCAUCAGCUUUCACCUUGCCCGGAGGUUACUACCAAACCGGCUCGGACAAGGCCGGCGCGCCAUUGCUUGCUGGGAGCUACGCCUUCGAUGCGUUCAUCCUCUCCGAUACGCUGGCGUUCAUCUGCUCGUGUAUGGCUACCUUCAGCCUCAUCUUCGUUGGGGUGCCUGCGAUGGACAUUUCUCUACGCUACUGGUACUUCCAGCUUUCCGCCCUCUUGCUGCGCAGCAGCGGAAGAAGCUUGGUGGUCGCCUUCGCGCUGGGGCUGUACCUGGUGCUGGCUCCGAUUGCUCGCGCGACUGCCACCGCGGUCUGUGUGAUUAUCUUUACGUGUUCACUCUAUGGGAAUUCGGAAGCCUGGCAGAUGCUUCGUGUUGCGGAUGCGGCCCGUGCGAGAUUGGGAACUCGGAUGCACGUCGCAUGGACUCUUGGGCUCACGUUCUAUAACGUCUUUGGCAUUGUGUUUCUAAACUUCUGGUCCUUCGUAAUAAUCUUCGGCCUCCCAGCAGCAAUUCGGAAGGUGGUGCAUGCAAAGUAGUAGUUCGGACAAGAUUCGUUUGAGUCAUGACAAGAUGAAGAAAAAAAGCAAGUGGAAAAUUAAACAUUUGCCUAUCUAUCUUAUUAUACACACACCAAGAAUGAUGUACCAAUACUACUAGAGGAUCCACUUCUA